CAUACUUUUGUAUCUCACUUUAGCAACACUUUUUGCUAGUAAAGUGCGUUUAACAAAAAUGUUUAAAUUUAUUGUAUUUUUUAUUUACUUUGUAUCUACUUGCAAUGCGGAUUUUGUUACAAAUAGUAAAGUUGCUACAUUGAAACCUUUGUCGGCGUGCUGUGACAUACCAGAACUAGGUGACCCCAAGCCCUUGUCUGAAUGCUCUAACCCUAAACCACCAGGUCCAUGCGACGACGUCCAAUGCGUGUUCGAAAAGUCAGGUUUCCUAAAAGACAAGAGUACUUUGAACAAGGAAGCUUACAGGAAGCAUCUCCAACAGUGGGCAGGGAGACAUGAGGGUUGGACUCCAGCAGUUGAAAAAGCCUUAGAAGAAUGUGUGGAUAAAAAUCUUCGACAGUAUCUGAAUGUUACUUGCAAGGCUUAUGACGUGUUCACUUGCACAGGAAUAGCUAUGUUGAAGAAAUGCCCGGACCACGCUUGGAAAUGCUGAUACCUGCAAAAUUUAAAACUCAAAUGAAAUAAAGGUUUUAAUAACUCAAAUGUGUUCAUACAUUGAAAUACUUUUAUAAUUGAGAUAAAAGCGCAA